GGCAAAGCCCCGUGGGUUCCCUGGGAUCUGUUUCCAGGGUGGAGAGGCCUGCGGAGCUGGGUGGGCUCCCUGCUGUGCCCCCGCUGUCGCCUACAGUGCCACUGAAUAUUGCAAAGAGGUGACAGAAUCAUCCCUGAGAAGCUGCAAAGAAGCCCCAAGAGGACGGACUGCCCCGACAGUGACGAGCUCUUGGGGAGACUGUAAGGCACAAUGUGGACAUUCUCAGUUUAGGAUGUGGGAAUUAGCCAGUGCUACAGCAUGUCGUGGAGGUUGCUGACGGGACACCAGCUCUGCAGGCUGUGUCUUUUCAGAAAGCCGCAACCAGCUCUGCAAAUCAAACCUUCAGCAUGUGUCAGCUAUGAAACGGACAGCCAGUCCAACAAAGAAAACACGAGAACGGUGGAAAGGCUGCAGGCAUGUUCAGUUGACAUCAGGAAGAUCCGCAGACUGAAAGCAUGGGUGCUUCUAGAGGAUGACACCUACGUUGAAGAGAUUGCAAAUAUUCUGAAAGAACUAGGUGCCAACAAAACUAUGAUAGCCAGUAUUUUAGAACGCUGUCCAGAAGCGAUUGUCUGCAGUCCUGCUGCUGUUAAUGCCAAAAGGAAACUUUGGCAGACAGUCUGUAAAAAUGAGGCCCACCUAAUCCAAUUAAUAGAGCAGUUUCCAGAACCUUUCUUUACUGUCAAGGACCAGGAGAACCAGAAGCUGAAUGUUCAAUUUUUUCAAGAGCUGGGGCUCAAAAAUGUGGUGAUUAGCAGGUUUCUGACGACUGCCUCUAGCAUUUUCCAUAACCCUGUAGAGAACAACAAGCAAAUGAUAGGGGUUCUCCAGGACAGCUACCUAAGCUUAGGUGGCUCUCAGGCCAAUGCCAAAGUGUGGCUACUGAAGUUAUUAAGCCAGAAUCCAUUCGCUGUGUUAAGUUCUCCCACAGCUGUAGACCAAAUACUAAAAUGUCUUCAAGGACAAGGUUUCUCAAACUCUCAAGUUCUUCAGCUUCUGUCCAAACUUAAAGGGUUUCUCUUUCAGCUUCAGCCAGGAAGCAUCCAGAACAGUAUUUCCUUCACUAAGACUACUUUUGAGUGCACAGAUGAUGAGCUGCGGCAGUUAGUUGUGAACUGUCCUGUGCUGCUCUAUUACCCUGCCCCAGUCCUAGAAGAGAGGAUCCAGGUGCUGCUGAAGGAAGGAAUCUCCAUGGCUCAGAUAAGAGAGUCACCAAUGGUCCUUGAGUUAACACCACAGAUAGUCCAAUACAGGAUAAGAAAGCUGAACUCUUUAGGCUACAGAAUAAAGGAUGGGCAUCUAGCAAGUCUAAAUGGAACAAAAAAGGAAUUUGAGGCUAACUUAAGCAAAAUGCAAGCCAAGCAAGGAAGGCCACUGUUUAACCCUGUGGCAUCAUUAAGUGUGGAAGAGUGAUGUGAAGCUUAUUUCUAGCAGGCAAAGUGACCAAUUCACAAAGACUUAAGCAACUCAGCUUGUAAGCACUAGUAUCAGGACCUACUGAGCUUCUGAGUGGUGUUCAAGUACCUCAUAAUUGAUGGCCUCUGACUCUUGCUGUAUUUUAAAAUAUAAAAUAAAGAUAAAUUGUGUUUAAAUAA